AUGGCGCUGCAGGGCAACGGGCGUCAGCCCGACGUGAUGCUGCAGGGCGAUGGGCGGCAGCCCGAAGGUGACGCUGCAAGAUCCUUCCGCCUGACCUACUACGUGGUGCUGAACUUCAUGGCUCGAGCCAAGGGGCAGUUUAACGCAGAGCAUAUGAUUGCGCACUCCUUCCACCAGUUCCAGCACAACUGGCAAGUACCAGAGGUGGAAAAGAGGAUCAAGCAGCUACAGGCAGAGGCAGACGCGCUGGAGACUGGCACUGAGGAUGAGGUCCGCGAGUACCACGCGCUGCGCCUGUCACUAGCGGAGAAGGAGAGGCAGCUGAAAGCAGAGGUGUUGUGUCCCGUCAGAUGCCUGCACUUCCUGCAUCCGGGGAGAUUGAUCCGGGUGGUGGAUGGUCUGGACGACUGGGGGUGGGGAGUGGUCGUGAACGUGAUGAAGCAGCCCUCUCAAAGCAACGCCAAAUCAGUCGUCACCGCCCCCUCGCCCACCGCCUCUGCUGCUGCCGCUGCACCGCUCUCCACCACGACAUACCUGGUGGACACGUUGCUGCUGUGCUCCCCCGCGGUGGUGGACGAACAGGUGGUCAGAGAGGGCAGUGCUGCUGCUCCGCUUGUGCUGCGCCCGUACAGAGAGGCCGGUACCUCUGCUCCUCGUGUGCCGCGCCCAUGCGCUCUGGAAGGGAAUGGGGAGAUGCACGUGGCUGCACCUCUCGCCCCACACGUCCCUCUCUCCCCUCCCUCUCUUCCGCCCUCUCCUCCCCAUCCCCCCGAGAUUCCGGUGAAGCUCCCAGCAGCGGCGCGCACAGCAGCGCUCAAAAUCGCCCUGCCCUCUCCUCCCUCCGUUCCUCCCGUCCCUCCUGAAUAUUCCAGAUCCCUCAGUGGCCCGCACAGCAGUGCUCAGAGUCGCCCUGCCCUCUCCUUCCUCCGUUCCUCCCCUCCCUCCGGAGUAUUCCAGAUCCCCGUAAAACUACCAGCAGUCGCCCGCAUAGGUGCGCUCAGAAUCACCCUGCCCACAGACCUGCGCCCCAAGGAGGCCCGGCAGGCUGUGCUGAUCCCAGUCAAGCUCCCAGCAAAGGCACGCAUAGGGGCGCUCAGAAUCGCCCUGCCCACUGACCUACGCCCCAAGGAGGCCCGGCAGGCCGUACUGGUGUCACUCAGAGACGUCACCCAACGGUUCCCCGAUGGCCUGCCCAUUCUGGACCCUAUAGAGGUGAGUGAAAUGAUGGGAGGGAGGAGGGCCAAACGAGGCCCGCCCUGCCAGGCUGUGCUGGUCACACUCAAGGACGUCAACCAGUGCUUCCCUGAUGGGCUGCCCAUCCUAGACCCUGUUGAGGACAUGGGCAUCACGGACGAGCUGUUUUUGGACCUCGUGCAUUCCAUCGAUGAGGAGGAGAGCAAGCUAGGAGCACCUGACAUGGGCAUCACGGACGAGUCGUUUUUGGACCUCGUGCAUUCCAUCGAUGAGGGGAGAGCAAGCUGGCCAAACGCGGAGAUAGCGGAGCAGAAGCUGGAGGUGCUCAAGAGGCGAGGGCAGCUGCACGUGCCGGGCGGAGAUAGCGGAGCAGAAGCUGGAGGUGCUCAAGAGGCGAGGGAAGCUGCUGGCCAUUCAGUCAGAGUCACACCUAUUACUUGCUUGGCCCCCCCAUUCUCGCCCUCCCAUUCCCCUUCCACCAAUCCUUACCAGGCUGAGAUAGCGGAGCAGAAGCUGGAGGUGCUCAAGAGGCGAGGGCAGCUUCACGCUGAGAUGGCAAAGCAGAAGCUGGAGGUGCUCAAGAGGCGAGGGCAGCUGCUGGCCGUUCAGCCUGAGUCACGCCUAUUACUUGCUUGGCCCCCCCAUUCUCGCCCUCCCACUCCCCUUCCACCAAUCCUUACCCAGGCUGAGAUAGCGGAGCAGAAGCUGGAGGUGCUCAAGAGGCGAGGGCAGCUGCUGGCAGAGGCACAGAGGCUUAAGAUGAAGACGAGGGAGUCCCAGCAGCUGCUGGCAGAAGCGCAGAGGCUCAAGAUGAAGACGAGGGAGUCACAGGUGCGUGUGGAGGAGUGCUGUGUGUUGGGGAGGUUUGUGAUGCGGCGGGAAGGUUUGUGA